UUUAUAUGCAGUGGUGUGCUGGGGGGGCAGUGCUAGUGGAAAGGACAUGAAAAGACUAAACCGCCUUACCAGGAAGGCAGGUAAGGUGGUGGGUCAGAGUCUGGAGUCGGUUGAGUCUGUGGUAGAGCGGAGGAUGCUGGUGGAGCUAAAGAAAAUCCUGGAGAACACCAGUCACCCCCUGCAUCCGGUGUUCUCUGCUCAGAGGAGCUCUUUCAGCAAUCGCCUUCGCUCACUGCCGAGCUCCACAGAGAGAUACCGGAGGUCAUUUGUACCCACUGCAAUCAGACUAUAUAACACUGCUGAGAGGGGGAGGGUGAGAAGGGGACCCUGA